ACAUUAAAUGAUUAAUCACAAGAAUAAACUUUGGAGACUAUUUAAUAAUUUCACACCAAACAACACCAGGUCAAAGUUUUUUUACCGCACUAAGUUUGAGAUUAAAUGCUGUAUAUCAGUAGUGACUAUCUAACAUGAAAAUUACGAUUAUCUGGCGACUUGUGAACUUGUGAAUAUAUACUCGCCAGAGUUAAAUUUCAACUAACAUGUAAGAACAAAAAGCAAAGUAAGGCUGGACAGCUAAUAAUAAUAUGACUGUUAUAAUAUCAUAGGCGAAGAAGAGCACUGUGAACGUGGUUGAUUUUAGUACAAAUUUUCUUCUGAUCCAAAUUAAAUUAAAAACAAAUUAGGGACAAUGGAAAUACAAUUAAGAAAAGAAACCUUUAAGGCUGAACUUUGUUCGUAUAACAAGACGGAUGUUUUAAACAAAAAGUGGAAGCACAAAUCAACGGCCAUGUUAGAUUAUACUACCCCAUACACCCGUCUUUGAAUAUACCACCCCAUAUACGCCAUGUUAUAAUAUACCACCCCAUACACGCCCGUUUUAGAAUAUACCAUCCUAUACGCCCGUGUUAGAAUAUAUAUUUAAUCUCUCUAAGAUCCAUCCAGAACAGUUUAUUAAUAAAUCGUUGGUGUUUUAUUUAGACGUAAUAUAAGAUAUGUCCGUCCAUUAUAAUAUAGCCAGUAAAAUAAGUCUUAUGAAUUAAAAGAAAUGCUAUACAUUGCAUGGGGAGUGGUUUAAAAGAGAUAAAAUAAAAAUAUAGACAAUUAGACAAUGAGACAACAGCUUCUUAAUCUUUAUUUUACAAAAAACCAACCCGAACAAUCUUGACUGACAGAUAUGCUUAGUGGAAGAGAAAAGAAUCUUUGAAGUUAAAUCCAGGUCAUUUUUACUUUUUUUUAAACUUUUUUCAUUUUUAAUGUCUGUUUGCGUAGCAUCGGUUUGUACAUUGAUUAAAUAUUUAUUAGUAGGGUAAAGUUUCUUGUGACGAAACUUGCGUCUUCUUUGUAGCACCGACUUGAUACUGUAUAAUGACAAUCACUAAAAUAGAAUUAUUUUGAUUUUUUAGCGAUCAUUUAAAAAAAGGUUCUUCUUUUAUCAAAAGAAAGUGAUCUAAUGAUUGAUUUCGACCGAUGGAAAAAUAAAAAUUUAAAAUCAUUUGAUAGGUUGACGUCAAACGAUUCGACAACUUGCUUCGACCUUUGCAACAUCUUUGAUAACGUCAAAAAGAGAAAUGAUUCAAGAUGGCUUUUCUUUCUUCAAAAACGUUAAAAGGAAAACAUUUUAAGCUUCGUUUUUCUGACUUGACUUGCUUUUAUAGGAUACAAAAUCAAAUCAAGGCAUGCCAAUCUCGCCAAAUAACCUUACAAGUCCUGGGAUGAAGUUGGGCCUCGCCAACUAUAAGAAAAACAAGCGGAGGAUAAGUCCUAAAAAAUCCUAGAGCUAUUUAGGAUAAACCAUACCAUUCAGAUCUUAAAAGGCUCAAACUGGUAGGAAUCAAAGUUAUCGUUACCCUUUAGACACCGAAAUACGCUAAUUAGCGUUACAGCAAGGCCAAAAUACUGAGAUGUUAUCUAUUAGUCAUAACUCAUGAUCACUCAAGUUUGAGUUGUCAAAAUCAGGCCGAUAUAAAAGAGAAUUGGAUUUUUUAUCUUACACUACACAAGUUCACCAACAUUGAGGCAGCAAAUGAUCAGAAAUCAGAUUUAAAUACGAAAUUUUGUAAUGAAUCAUAGAUAUUUCGACUUCUUCAUUAACGGUCCCUUUUAUUUCUUCGGUGCAAAUAUAACGAUGAUAUUACACAGCUUUAGUUGGAAUAGCAUAUGAGCCUGGGCGCAAAGUUGCCCUAUACGACUUUAUUUAAUUAGUAAAACCUUUUUUUUUUGAAAUGCAUAAAAAAAAUUUUCUAAAUAAUAUGAUGUAAGAUAACAGAGAUAAAUAUAAAAAAUUUAAAUAAAAAUAACCUUCAACAUAUACUUACUGAAAGAUUAGAGAGACUUUUUAAGAUCAUGAUUUGAGAUUAACAGAAAUUGAAAAAAAGAAAAAGCAACCUUGUUACAAGUCUUCAAAUGUUAAAUAUGAAAGACUGGAAAUGCCCUUCCUUUCUAAAGCGUAUUCCAGUAGGUCAUUUUUACAAUUUUCUCACGGAAUGCGCGUUUUACUUUAUCAUGGCCUGGUCCCAACGAUUUUCAAAAUAGGGCAGUCACAAUCCUUUGUAUUUUUUAUUGGUCACUCCCCGACGUAUUGUUUAUUACUUAGCAAAAAACUUAGAGCGGACUCGAAACACUUUUAUUUCUCCCACCACACCAGUGUCACAAGUCUGAUAAACUUCUUUCUUUGAGCCCUUUUUCGCUUUUUCACAAUUAAAAAGUUUAUUUUCGCAAAAUACUAACACGAAUUAUGGAAAUUAUCUUUCUUUUUUUUUGUAUACCAUCUGCAUUGCCCUCUAUUUUACUCACCCUGAAUUCUUUACUGAGCAAGGGAUCAAUAGAGCUUGGAAGCAAGUCUGUUAAUACGCACAAAAGAUGAAGCCUGGUGACGAGUUUUGAACUGAUUUUCAUCAUCUCUUAAAGACAUAUGCUGCUUUUAAAAAUGAAACGUAUUUUCUAUCUUAUUCUGCUAAAACAGAUAAGCAGCUAAUACAUCGAAAAUAACAAUAACAUCUAUAAAUGCAUUGCAUUUUGGGUAGUAAACGUAAUAUUUUUCAUAAAAAUAAGUGAAAACAUAUACGCACAUACUUUGCACGAAGAAGUUCUUCCUGUGAAAAGAAAUAGUUCAAAUAAAGCAUCCAAUCAAAACAUUCAAGAAUGGUUUCGUAUUACUUUGCCACCAGAUUUUACGAAGAAAAUCGCCUUGAUGAUGGAAUGAAGAGUUUUGUUGAGCACUUGUUCGAAAACCUUCCAAUACCUCUAUACGGUAUCGCUAUAACCUUACACUGUCUGGGUAUCUAUUUGUUGAUUUGUUUAAAACAUAAAAGACGAAAUCAAGACACCGUCAUUUUGAAUCUAAGUAUCGCGGAAAUUGCUAUGAGUUUGUUCGACUUGACACAAAAUAUUUUAUCACGUGGCAACAGCGUGACGUCAACAAACAUACGCUAUUUAACGAUCGCUCAAUGUUCUUUUUUUGUGUUACCAAGUUUUUUAAUCAUGAUUUUAUUAACACUAGAUAGAUUUUUUGAAGUAUAUUUGAAUUUACAAUAUUUCAUAUACUUUAAUAAAAAAAAGACCAGAAUAUUGCUAGCACUAUGCUGGCUCACUGGAUUGGUAUGUGGUAUUGUGCUUCUUUCAUUAAAAAAAUUCUAUGAAGAUACAUCAACAAUUAUUUACAAGUAUAUAUUUCCCGUCACUGAGGGAGUUUUCUUUGUUGUUGCUGUGGUAACAUAUACAUACCUGUAUAAAAAAUUUCGGCUUGUUCGAAGACAUCCCAGUACGGAAUCAGUAAACAGAAGCACAAAAGCGACUGCACCGAAAAGUGGACUUCGGGGAAGAAACUUUUUCGCGCCACUUUUGAUUAUUGCGACAUUCUUAAUUUUCGUGAUGGUACCCGACGUGACAAAUUUAAUUUUGUUUUAUAUACUGGAGACUGGGACGAACUUGCAUUCAAAUAUAUUGUUGUUAUUUUACGCUAUUGGCUUUACAUGUGAUGCUCUUAUCUAUAUUUUCCUGCAAAAACAUAUUCGCGAUAUAUUAAUGCUAAAAUUGAAUUUGAAGAAAAGAAAAACUGGUGACGUAUUCUCAAGAGCGGCAGUCGUUCGAAGACACGACAAAUCGAGACCAAUUGAGUUGGGCAAUCAAACCUCUACAGAUGUUCACAGUUACACCAACACUGCGCAUGAGCAGGAAACCUGAAGACUAAAAUUGUAAUAAAUAUACGUGACGCGAUGUAAAAAAAUAGAAUUUUAUUACUAAUUUUAAAAUUUCUUUUGUCUUUUGUUCCACAUUGGUAUUUCGAACUAUAGUGAUACAAGUGAAGUUUAUCACAAGAGCGUUGGCGCGAGAUUGUCACACGACUAACGAAUAAUUUUAUUGUAAUCGCUUCAUACUGUCCAGGAUGACAACCACUACACUUUGUAACUGUCGAAUUAGAAGAAGUUUUUGCGUUUUUGUUGGUUGGAAGACUGUAAGAUUGCUACUCAAUGAGGCGCAAGUUGUUGCCCGUGAAAAAAUCCACGGGUUCGCCCGUCCUUUAUAUUUACCCGUCGCAACAAAGUGAAUAAAAAUAUAUCGAAUUUGACAUUCGUGUUUCCGUAACAUCAUUUUCUAACUCAGCGGGGGGUC